AUGGAAGCAUUUCAGUUCCACAUUGACGCCAAAGUAGGAUGCAAAGACAUGGAGGGCAAUGAUGUUGACUGGUUCGCUGCUAUAAAGCUGCCAGCAGACUUUGAUGACUCUAAAGGAUACAGCUUUGUCUAUUACGACUCCUCUCAACCCACAUGGAAAAAGAGCAAGAAGUCGAUCAACAGCAGCAACUCCGCGAUCGGUGCCACCAUCAGUCAGUUGUAUAAGGUUGAUAAGAAAUCAUUUUACAUCGCGUACAACGACGAUGGACCUGACACAGAGGUGGAGAGUGGACGUGGUCACAGCAAAGGGGUAGCGGUCUUCGACAAAAACGUAGGGUUCUGGAUGGUGCACAGUGUUCCAAAUUAUCCACCAUCAAGUGAGUCAUCUUGUGAUAUUGCGCGUGUCGUGAUCAUGUCGUCACUUAUAAAUCAUUAG